AUGCGACAGCGCAAUGAUAGCGAAUUCAUCGAUUUAUUGAACAGCUUACGGGUAGGUGAACUGACGACGGCUCAGCUGAAAUUACUAUGCGAGCGGCGCCACGUGCCUAUAAAUGGUGAAUUUGCGGAUAGAGUCGCCGUUCGUAUCUUUCCCACGGUCAGGCAAGUCGACGAUUACAACGACAAAAUAACCAAGGAAAAUGCAAAGCUGCACCGAACUUAUUUAAUCAACGCAGUAGAUGAGUCGCGUGAAGUAGCGACAUAUGGUAGAAAACCACCAGAGAACGUGAUUCCCAAAGACGUCAAUAACUGUGGUGGUCUUCUGCCAUCGAUAAGAAUUAGCGUCGAAUCUCGAGUGAUGUUGAGACGCAAUAUCUCCGUCUCUGAAGGGCUAGUAAAUGGAGCUAUGGGUAUAAUAAAAAAAAUCAAAUGGCCGGCCUUGAGGAGAGAUCAACUGGAGGAUGGAGAGCUACCAGAAGCCGUGUACGUUAAAUUUGAUGACGAAACUAUCGGUCGCAGGCUAAAAGAUAGUAAUGGUUGCGUACCCAUACCUCCAUCAAGUACUACAUUUCAGGCAGUAAGGGGUUACGGAGAUGUGGAGCGCCGUAUGCUGCCUCUAAUAUUAAGCUGGGCAGUUACAGUUCACAAACUACAGGUUGAAGAUCUUCAAAAGGAGAAUGACCAGCUUAAGACCACCUUGAAAGAUCACAUAAAGAUACUUCAUAAAAGCAACACUCACGAUCUUGUAACGUCAAGAUUCAGAUUCACAUUCAAUGUUUGCCAGAAUUCAAAAGUGAAAACCAUGUAUCAACAGUAA